CAUGUGUAUAUUUAAUAACAGUAUAUGAAUGAUGUUAGGGAAUUUGUAGUCGUGCGUAAAGAAAUUCACAACAUAAGAUGUGAUAAAUUCUUAUGUAUCAUAUUUCAUUCAUAGUAUUUCAUAUUUCACACAUAUUUUCUACGUUUUUUCUCACAAAAGAAUGUAUGAACAACGUCAUUUAAUAAUUAUUCAUCAAAAUAGAUUUAACGAUUGAUAAUACAAGUAUUUCAGCUCUGUUGUUGGUAGAGUUGAGCAAUAGUUAAUAUUACUAAGCAUUGUUUUAUCAGUUAUUGUUGAAAAUUUCGUUUUUACUACAAUGGCACUUCCCAUACAUAGUAAUGCUUGCAUAAAUCCUAAUAAAAGUUUAGGGAUCGAUGAGGCUUGUUUAAACAUUAUUAAUGAAGGAAGCAAAGUUUCUUUAUUCGGCAACAUAAAUAGUUGUUAUGUGUGUAGUGGAUUACCAUGGGGUGAAUUACCUGAAAAUAGUAAUAAUACAUUUGUAAUUUCUACCAAAUAUCCGCUCUCCUUAUAUUAUAAAAGAAAUGGGUUAGAAUGGUGUCACACAACAUACAAAUUUCAAGAACAUGGUGGUUAUGGUUGGAAUUUGUCAGAAGCUCAUAUUUGUUCAUAUUUUUAUAAAUUGACUGAACCAGACAAUCCUCAUCUUCCUAUUUUAGCAGCAUUUAUGGUAUUCACUAUCGCUUCAGUUAUCAAUGCAACAGCUAAUUUCGUUAUUAAAGUUGUUCAGGGAUUUUUAACACGAAAUUCUGGAGACGAUCAAAGUCCUCUCCAAGAAUCUGAUUCUCCACCCCAGCCAUCAAUGAGAAUAACAAGAGCGGAUACAAGGAUUCGAUCAAUUGAUGCGUUUAGAGGAAUCGCAGUAUUAUUGAUGAUAUUUGUAAACAAUGGAGGUGGUGGAUAUGUCUUCUUUGAACACGCACCAUGGGAUGGAUUGACAGUAGCUGAUCUAGUUUUACCUUGGUUUGCUUGGAUUAUGGGAGUUACAAUAAUUUUAUCUGUUAGAUCUCAAUUACGUUUAUCAAUCCCAAGAUCAAGAAUAAUCCUCAAAGCUUUUAAGCGUUCUUUGAUAUUUAUUUUCUUAGGAUUAAUUAUUAGUAAUCCAGUUAAACCAUCACUUGUCUCGUUGCGCAUCACUGGAGUUCUCCAACUUCUGGGAAUUACUUAUUUUAUUUGUGCUACUAUAGAAGCACUUUUUAUGAAACUGCAAAGAAAUUAUCAAUAUGGAAGAUUAGCGUUUUUACAAGAUGUUUUUGAUUCUUGGGUACAGUGGCUAAUAGUACUAAUACUUGUCGCAAUACAUUUAUUAAUUACAUUUUUGUUGCCCGUUCCUGGAUGUCCAACUGGAUAUUUAGGUCCAGGUGGUUAUCAUUUAAAUGGAAAAUAUGCAAAUUGUACUGGAGGAGCAGCUGGAUACAUUGAUCGAAUGAUCUUUGGUAAUCAUACUUAUUUGAAAAAGAAAAACAUUAUUUAUGGAAAUCUUCUUCCUCAUGAUCCUGAAGGGUUGAUGAAUACUUUAUCAGCAGUUUUAAUCGUUGCAAUGGGUCUCCAAGCUGGUAGAAUUUUAUUUGGAUACCUACGUUGUUUCUCAAAAUUUGUAAGAUGGUUCGCUUGGGCUGCUUUAACAGGAAUUAUUGCUGGAUAUUUAUGUGACUGGGGAUUCCAAGGAGUUCUUCCGGUUAACAAAAACAUGAUGACAACUUCGUUUACUUUAAUAGCUUCUUGUUUUGCAUUCCUCCUUUUCUCCAUAUUAUAUUAUUUAAUCGAUUAUUUAAGAAUUUGGGAUGGUAUUCCUUUUAUAUAUGCUGGAGCAAAUUCAAUUUUCUUAUAUGUUGGACACUAUUUUACUAUGGAUCGUUUUCCGUGGAGUUGGAAACUAGAAAAUCCUUCACAUACAUCUCUUCUCGCUAUGAAUCUAUGGACAACAACUUUAUGGGGAUUAAUUGCAUAUGGACUUUAUAAAAAAGAUAUAAUUAUUUCAGUAUAAAAGAAGCUUUAUAACGAUUUGGACUAAAAACAAUCAAGAAUCAAGACAUUGUGGUUUUGAGUUAAAGUAUUUAAAAACAUAUCAUUAGCUUCCAUUUAACGGUCAAGUGAAAAACAAUACGUGUUAUACAAAAAAGUUUAAAUAUCGUUUAAGAUUUUUAAAUAAAAUUGAUUUAAAUGAAGAGCAUAAGAAAAAAAUAAAGUGUGAUUAAGACUAAGGACCAGAUUAAUCAGGGAUCAGUAUGUAGGGAUUAGUUUCAUAGAACUUUUAAUUACUUUUGGACAAAUGUGAUAUAAGUGAUAUAAUGUGGUGAAUUAUCAUAAAGUUUUUAGUAUUUGUUCUUCAAAAAAGAAGUUAAAAAAAGUAGAAAUGCAACAACAUGGCCAACAAAAAAAGUUUAUACUGUGAGAGGACUCAUUUAGAGGUUGGCAAUAAAAAUCAAUUUAUUAAUAAACAUUUGAGUAAUAAUUAA